UUAAUAGCUACCCAAGAAGAAGAAGAAAAGAAGAAAAUUGCCUGCAGUGUCUGAGUGGUUGACAUUUUACACGAUGUAAAUUACCCAAUGUGUCAUUUUUUGUCAGCUAUUAUGCGUCAGAAUGUCGACCGUUGUCGCAAACGGUGCAAGCAAAUUAAUUGCCUCAAUCGCUAAGGAGUAUAAAUCUCCUGCAUAAGUCGUAAAUUUUAUUCGUUUAAAACGAAGUGGAUAAAGUUUCGUUUUUAUUUGAAAGCAACCCCUACACAACCACACCGCUAUACUAUACUGCAAUGAUGGCAAUAGCGAUGGCGUUAUACAUCGCUGCGUUUUUUCUAUUGCAGAGCACUUUUUUGUUUGGUACUUUUUCCUGUCUUCAAGUGAAAUCCUUUGGCGAUUUUUUAAAAUACAACCACCUUAAACAUGGUAUCAUUAUAAUUUGCAACGAUGUUGCGCUUCCUGUGCAAGAGCUAAAGGCGAUUUCAAAAAAAUCUUUUUAUCUGUCAUAUAUUUAUGUUGGCCAAAUACACUCCGACGACGCUGCGAACAACUUUGAGUUCAAGGAUUUUUUCUACCAAAAAGGUCCGCCAAAAGUUGGAGUUUCCCUUGAUAUUGAGUGCCAAUCAGAGACACUCACCAUCUUAAAGUCUGCAUCAGCCAACAACUUUUUCAAUUCAUCACUAGCAUGGUUUAUACUGAGUAAAAGCAUUGGGAUGGCAACGGAGGCACUUGCGAAACUUGAAAUAAACAUAGACGCAGAUAUAACACUUGGUAUAAAAAUGCAAAAGGAAGACAUUCUGCGGCUAUAUGAUUUGUACAAAGUGUGUCAUCAGUGUGGCACUGCUUUUCAGAGUUUGGAGAAAGGCAGUUGGAGUGACAGUGAAGGCAUGCAAGUUUUACCAUAUUUUUGGCAAACGACAGUACAACGCCGGAGGAAUUUCAGUGAUAUAACCUUGAGUGGCGGAGUUGUGAUAAAUGCUGCCCCAAAGAAAACAUCACUUUCAGCUUACAUUGAAAGUUACAAGGCAAAGCACUUAGACGCUAUGCAGCGUAAAACUUAUCAUCUCUUGAAGAUUAUGAAGGACAUUUACAAUUUUCGGAAAGUAGCAAACAUUUCUUUUUUUUAUCUCAAAUUCUUUUUCUUUCUAUGA